AUGGCAUCUCGUGAAGAAAACGAUAAAUUAACUGAAAAACGUGAAAUUGCAUGCACUCGUCAACGACUGCAUCGCGCGAGUUUAAAUGCGCAACAACGGCUGCUCAAACGUCAAAAAGACAAUGAUCGAAAACGUUUGGCACGGUUGGACGCAACACACGAUCAAAAGCACAUGAUUCAUACAAAAACCCGAAAUCGUGUCCGCCGGCUUCGACUGUGCGAAGAACCAUGGAAAAAACAGCAUAAUCGGGAGAGACAACGUGACUAUAUGCGUCUGAUUCUCGCUACUGGAAGCGAAGGUCGAAAGCAAUUAGCUCGUGAAGAAAAUCGUCGUUCCACACGGAGUGCACGUUCAUUGAUGACAAGUGAUGGAAAAGAUUUAUUUCGUUACCGUGAUCGUGAACGAAAGAAGUUAAAAAGAUUGAAUGCACAAAAAGAAAAGGCACAUCGUUCAUCAACCGAAGAAGAAGCUGUAUCUGAACCUGAACCGUCCAAUUCAAGUGCCUAUAUCGGCGAUUCGGUAAGGAUUGCAGUAUGUGUAUUCAAAGCUAUCAAUCAUCCUUAA